CCGCUCCCGAUCGCUGCUGCCGCUGCGCAUCGCUCUAAGGAUUUUAACUUGAUACAUAUCUCAGGAUCUUUUUGUGGGAGAGGGGACUUUUGAAUAUCGCGAGCUGCAAAUAUUCAUCGCCCGUCUUUCCUGCAUCAGUGGACCGUAAUUUGCUGUGGUUUUUGUGGGAUAUUUCCGAUAAGAAAAGAUGCCUGCCGAUAUGAUGGAAAAAACCUCCUCCUCUCCGGUUGCUGCAACCCCGGCAAGCAUGAACACAACUCCCGAUAAACCCAAGACAGCCUCAGAGCACAGAAAGUCAUCCAAGCCAAUUAUGGAAAAGAGGAGAAGAGCCAGAAUCAACGAGAGCUUGGGGCAACUGAAAACUCUCAUCCUGGAUGCGCUCAAAAAAGAUAGCUCCAGACACUCCAAGCUGGAGAAGGCGGACAUCCUGGAGAUGACGGUGAAGCAUCUCCGGAACCUCCAGAGGGCUCAGAUGACCGCUGCCCUGAACACAGACCCCACUGUUUUGGGAAAAUACCGAGCCGGUUUCAGCGAGUGCAUGAAUGAAGUCACCCGGUUCCUGUCCACCUGCGAAGGUGUCAACACCGAGGUCAGGACGCGGCUGCUCGGUCACCUGGCCAACUGCAUGACCCAGAUUAACGCAAUGAACUAUCCCAGCCAGCAUCAGCACCAACACCAGCUCCCCUCCACCGCCGGGCCAACACACCCGUCAUUCGGCCAGUCCAUGGUGCAGAUCCCCAGCUCGUCCCCGCAGGUCCUGCCCAUGAACGCGGUUUCCUGUAAAGGCGGCUCGUCGCCUGCGAGUUUACCUUCAGACGCCACCAAAGUGUACGGCGGUUUCCAGAUCGUGCCUGCCACAGACGGACAGUUUGCAUUCCUCAUUCCCAAUGCGGCAUUUGCGCCAAACGGCCCCGUUAUCCCCGUGUACGCCAACAACGUCAGCACGCCGGUCCCUGUGCCGGCUGCGAUUUCCCCAGGAGCCCCGUCAGGCAACACGGACUCAGUGUGGCGACCCUGGUGAAAAGUGUAAAAGGUUCAUAAAGACUUUAAAAUGACACUUAAUAGUUCUCUCUUCGUUCAAUGUUAGAAAAGUUUUUUUUGAAUCUGUUUUGUUUUCUUGUAAAAUGGAAAGAGUAUGCACUAUAUUUGUACAGCUAACAAGGGAGUAAAGUUCAUAUUGAAAUGAGAUUUGUAUUGUGGAAGUCCGUUCACUGCAUUUUUAUAUAUUUGAGUUGUCUUUUUUUUACUGUGUGAUGCCAAAGAUAUGUUCAAUGCUCUUACGCUGUUCUUCGUUUUGGAAGACAAAUAAAUU